AAAAAAACACCCGAGAGAAUCCACUCGCAGCGUUCAAGGUUCAAGAUGAAAUUUUAUGGACUAUAGUUUCGUAAAAUUAGCACACGGCCAACAUCGCGGGAGGACCAAAGAUAUCGUUCAAAGGAUGAAGAUAAUAUAUCAUACUGUAAACAUGUCGUCUAUAAUUCUCCUGUUUUUCAUUUGUUUUGUUUCACUGAUAUGGUGCGAACAUUUGAAUGUUUCAAACCUAAAUUGCUUUAACGACUAUAUAACAACAAUGGCUUGCGACUUCACGUCAGACAAGCUUCUCAACUGCAGUGGAUAUAUCUUAGACUUUGAAUCACCAUUUGAGGAACAUUACGCUUGCACUUUAUUACAGUCUGAAGACGAUGGGAAUUAUUAUGGGUCCAAGUGUGGAUGCACAGUUGAAUUGCCAGAGUUUGUAAGCACUGAGAAAUACACAGUACGUCUGAUGGAUGGACGGACAGUCGUGCAUUUGACAAUUAUCACCGCACUUGACAACAUCAAGCCCAAAGCCCCUAAGAUAUUAUUGGUGAUGCCAAUGGAAAAUGGAAACUACAAAGUCACAUGGAACACAAAUUACCCUGCCGAAAAUCCCAUUUCUGAGAGUUUACAGAUUCAGCUGAUGUACAAUAAGAAAGGAAAACCAGACGAGGCUCCAAGGAUUGCCAAUGCCUCACAACCUUUUCAUGAAAUACUAGGCAACGAAUUGGAGCCAAGCAGUGAAUAUGUGGUGAAGGCGAGAUCACGCUCCCCCCUUUACGGUACACAGUUCAGCGACUGGAGCCAAGAGGUGGAGUGGACCAGCUCUGCAUCUGUUUGGAACGUGUUGAUAGCCAUCAUCCCCGUCCUUUGUGCACUUCUCAUAAUCAGCAUCUGUGCUUUCUACUGGUGCUGCACUCGACUCAAGGAUAAGUGGUGGGAUAAUAUUCCUACCCCCACAAUUGAGAUAAAAGACAAACUUCUGGGAAAAUCCGAGUUUUUUAUCCCUCAAAAUUACGAUCCAUCCUCCUAUCGGACUGAGUUCCUGACCAUCGUUAACACCAAGGAAGAGCCAGGGCCUACUCUGUGGAUAUCAGAAUGCGAGCAAGUUGGUCCAUAUAAGAAUGUUUCCAGCCACACGUCAACGAAGGACAGUGGUGUCUUCUCAUCUGAUGACAGUCAGAAAACAUUCAGUGACUCUGCAGGCUCUUGCAGUUCUUCUGACUCGGGUUACAAAAACGUCCUGUACACCACGCUGGCGGCUACCCCUUCACAAAACACCAGUUCUCAAGCGCUACCGAGUAGCGGGACGCCCGACCUCUCUGCUCGGCCUGCGGUGGGCUGCGAAUUCUGCCCCAUCUACAGAGAAGUCGAGGUUCUGAAGGCCACCAGUUCAGACCCCCAGCAAGAAGAAGCUCCCAGAAUUGCCAUAGACUGUAAGUAUCCAGUAGAGGAAGACAAUCUGAAGUGUCCCUCCGGUGUGGACGGCCUGGACGACGCGUUGCCUCUGAACGCCUGCAGAGCUGAUGAUGGAUACGAGAGCUUUGGUGAGGCGGUCAGCAGGGCGGCUCUAGGACAGGUUCGUUUCCCAGCAUGCACUCUGGAACCCAGCGAAGAAGGCUACCAAGCUCUUGAGACCUUGGUAGACUGGCGCUCUGAAGCAGACAGAGCAGAUCGGAAGGCCUCUUCAGUGGAGCGUACAGACCAGAGCACUGGGCACGAAUGGGAGCCCUCGCAAUGCCCUACAUGGAAUAUUCCGGACUCCAUCACCUGUGCCUCCCCAUUCAUGCAGAGAAGCAGCAUGGAAAGCUCCUCUAAUUCCGCUUUGACUACAUGUCCCAUUAUGCAAAUUUACACAGACAGUUCCUACCAAAGAGUGUAGAAGUGUAUACUGAUCCGUCUGUUAAUCUGGUGUUAUCAGGACUAUGGAAUAUGAAUAUGUGCUUCUGUGACGAGGACUUCCCAACUGAUCUACGAGACUGAUAAAGAUUAUGGAAAUUUUGAUGCCCGAUGUGUACUAACAUUGGAGGGACAUUCAAUAUCUAAAGCCUCUGAAUACGCUCCAGUAUAUCUUUUGAAAAAAAACAUCUGGCUGUAGCUUGUUCCAGAUAUGUUGAAGUCCUGAUUUAUUAAAAUAGACCUAUUUUAUUUUCCUUACACAUCAAAUUCUAUUUUAGUGUAUUUUCUUUUUAUCAGUAAAUUGAUAAAUAGAUAUAAAACAGCAUUGUUUUGCUUGUUUUGCCAUGAAUCAGUGCCAUAAGUACCUAAGACAUGUUUAAGUUUGUAAAUAUCUAAGUAGCUUUAAAAUAAGACAUGUAUGUGUGGUGUUUGUGAUGGCCUUUGUUCUAUUACCCCUGGUUUGUUACUGUGGUUACGCAUCUUGUGUAAAGGCAGUGUGGCAAGUACAAAGGCCUAUUGGGUGAGGUUGAAAAAGCAAAUUGCAUUGCAGUUGCAGAAAACAAGUCAAGGUGGUUUGUCAGAUUCUUCACUUCCUCAUACCACGAGUCAUUCUAUUAGCACUUUGUGUGCACGUAUACAGUUUCGUUGCUCUUACCACCACUUAUGUUGUGCUGUGCCACAUUAGCCUUAGAAGUCUCCAAGAGCUUCUGGCAAAUACUGAAAUAAAUGUAUCUGUGAACCUUUUUUUGAAGAUUUCAGAAGCCCUGUGGUAGUAGAUAAAACCAUUUUGGAUGCAGAAGGAAGAAAUAGAUAUCAGAAUGAAUGACUUGCUCUGUUGUUCAAUUUUCCUGUUUGCCUCUGUGGUCACUGAUUAUUAGUAAAUAGUAAGGAAUCUGAUUUCAUACUUUUACUGUGGAAAUUUUGUGUUAGAUGUUGCACAUUUUUGUGUGUACUACUGUAUGUUUAUUUUCAUGUGCUACAAAACCUUUUUUACCAUUAUGCCCUGUGACUGCAGUUGAAAAACUUGGCUAGUUGGCUACUUCUUACACAUUUACAAUAAUGUUUAUUUUGAUUGUCCCUGUAAAAAAUGAAAGUUUGGAAUUAUUGGCAACCAUGGUAGAGAUGAGCAAAAAAAAGUUUGUCAGCUUAAUCUUCCAUUCAAAAUAUGAGAGGACUCUAAUGUUUAAAUUAUUAAAAGAAAAAAUUAUCUAAAUAAGAAAAUAUUUUUCUCAAAAAUCAAUGUUACAUUCUUAUGAGCAAAAUCGAAUUGGCCUACACUCAGUGGUUGCUUUAUUCGUUACACCUGCUUGUUCAUGCAAAUAGUCUGCUCCUCCAAACAGCAAAUCGUGUGCCUUCAAUUCAGUAUAUAAAUCAUACAGACAUGAUAAAGAGGUAAGCAUCUUUCACUAUGGUAUGAGUGUUGCUGUCAGACGUUUCACAAUAAGAAAAUAUAUUUUCCCUCUAUUUUUGAGCAUAGAAAAUGUUUGACAAACAAGAAAGUUAAUGUUAUUAGAAUGUUGUCUUUCCUGCUCGUAUGAAUUCAACUAGGAGGUGCCAUUAAAUGGAAACAGAAAAUGUUUACUUUUUCUGCCUUC